AUGGUAAUAGUGGUUGGAGAUGUCCAGCUUGUCAGAAUGCUUCUACGCAAGUUCCUAAAACUUAUACUUGUUUCUGUGGUAAGGUGCACAAUCCUGAAUGGAAUAGAAAUGAAAUACCACAUAGCUGUGGGGAACUUUGUGGAAAGAAGAGACAGUGUUUGGACUGUCCACAUCUUUGUAACAUCCUGUGCCAUCCAGGACCUUGCCCUUCGUGCCCAGCCUUCGUGACAAAAACAUGUGAAUGUGGACAAACAACUCAUUCAGUUCGCUGUGGCCAAUCAACAAAAAUUCAUUGUUCUAAUGUAUGUGGAAAUACUUUAAACUGUGGUAAGCACAGCUGUACUCAAGUGUGCCAUGCAGGAAAAUGUUCACCUUGCCAAUUAACAGUCCAGCAAGUGUGUUACUGUGGAAGCAACUUUAAAGAAGUAUUAUGUGGGACAAAGGAAGAAUUCUCUGAUGGAUUUGGGAAUUUCUCAUGUCAGAAUAUAUGUGGCAAAAAAUUAAAUUGUGGGAGGCACAACUGUACACAAGUGUGCCAUCCUCAGCCUUGCCAGCUCUGUCCACGACUUCCACAAGUAGUCUAUCGCUGUCCCUGUGGUCAGACUCCUCUCAGCAAGUUACUGGAACUAGGAUGUGUUGAACGUAAAAUAUGCACAGACCCUAUCCCGUCGUGUGGAAAAACAUGUGGCAAACCUCUUUCUUGUGGUAGCUAUGAGUUCGUUCAUACAUGCGAAAGCCUUUGCCAUGAAGGAGACUGUAAACCGUGUUCUCACACAUCAAAUAUUUAUUGUAGGUGUGGCUUCAAAAAAAAGGAAGUCCCAUGUGCUCUCCUCAGAAAUAAAGCUGCUAUUACAUUCAUGUGUGACAAGCGAUGCAACAAGAAAAGAUCAUGUGGACGACACAAGUGUAAUGAAGUUUGCUGUGUGGACACAGAACACAAGUGUUCUUUGGUUUGUGGUCGUAAACUCAACUGUGGGCUUCAUAGAUGUGAAGAACCCUGUCAUCGGGGCAGUUGUCAAACAUGCUGGCAAACAAGUUUUGAUGAGUUAACUUGUUACUGUGGUGAAUCUGUGAUUUACCCCCCUGUCCCCUGUGGCACUCAGCCACCAGAGUGUAAAAAAACAUGCACCAGGCCACAUGACUGUGAUCAUCCGGUGUACCAUUCAUGUCACAGUGAGGAGAAAUGUCCACCCUGUACCUAUCUCACUCAGAAAUGGUGUAUGGGCAAGCAUGAGCUGCGAAGUAAUAUUCCUUGUCAUCUCACUGACAUUUCCUGCGGACUUCGUUGCAAUCAAAUGUUAAAAUGUGGAAUGCACAAAUGUAAAAGAAUCUGUCAUAAAGGAGAAUGUCUUAUAGAUGAAGAGUGUAAACAGCCAUGUAUUAUUCCAAGGCUAUAUUGUAAUCAUCCCUGUAUGGCUCCAUGUCAUCCCUCUUCACCCUGUCCGACAACAUGCUGCAGUGCAAAGGUUGAUCUUCAGUGUGAAUGUGGAAGAAGAAAGGAGAGUAUGAUUUGCUCAGAAGCAUCUAAUACAUAUCAAAGAAUAGCUGCUAUAUCUAUAGCCACUAAGUUAACAGAUCUACAGCUUGGAGAUUCGGUAGAAAUCAGUAGGCUUAUUACGAAAAAAGAAAUGAAGCAGGCCAGGUUGCAAUGUGAUGAAGAAUGCUUAGCUCUUCAGAGGAACAGGCGUCUUGCUGAGGCUCUUGAAAUAGAUGACAAUUCUGAUCCUUUUAAUAUCCGUUCUUCUGGACCAAAGUACAGUGACCUUUUAAAAGAAGAUGCGAGGAAGGAUUUAAAAUUUGUCAGUGACAUUGAGAAGGAAAUGAGAAUGCUUGUGGAAGCUGUGAAUAAGGUCAGUAUUCAGAUACUCU